AUGUCCUCUUCUGUCCACAGUCUCAUGUCCUCUGUCCACAGACUCAUGUCCUCUGUCCACAGUCUCAUGUCCUCUUCUGUCCACAGUCUCAUGUCCUCUGUCCACAGACUCAUGUCCUCUGUCCACAGUCUCAUGUCCUCUUCUGUCCACAGACUCAUGUCCUCUUCUGUCCACAGUCUCAUGUCCUCUUCUGUCCACAGUCUCAUGUCCUCUUCUGUCCACAGUCUCAUGUCCUCUGUCCACAGUCUCAUGUCCUCUUCUGUCCACAGUCUCAUGUCCUCUUCUGUCCACAGUCUCAUGUCCUCUUCUGUCCACAGUCUCAUGUCCUCUGUCCACAGUCUCAUGUCCUCUUCUGUCCACAGUCUCAUGUCCUCUUCUGUCCACAGUCUCAUGUCCUCUUCUGUCCACAGUCUCAUGUCCUCUGUCCACAGUCUCAUGUCCUCUUCUGUGGAGAACCUCACGGAGGAGCAGAAAAAUGAGUUCAAAGCGGCCUUCGACAUCUUCAUCCAGGACGCGGAGGACGGCUGCAUCAGCACCAAAGAACUGGGGAAGGUGAUGCGGAUGCUCGGCCAGAACCCCACCCCCGAAGAACUGCAGGAGAUGAUCGACGAGGUGGACGAGGACGGCAGUGGGACUGUGGACUUUGAUGAGUUCCUGCUGAUGAUGGUUCGCUGCAUGAAGGAGGAGAGCAAAGGGAAGGCAGAGGAGGAGCUGGCAGAGCUGUUCCGGAUGUUCGACAAAAAUGGAGAUGGAUACAUCGAUCUGGAGGAGCUGAAGACGAUGCUGCAGUCGACUGGAGAACCCAUCACUGAAGACGACAUCGAAGAACUCAUGAAGGACGGAGACAAGAACAACGACGGAAGAAUCGACUACGACGAGUUCUUGGAGUUCAUGAAAGGAGUGGAGUGA